GAAAAGACGAAUGCGUCCAUGCGCACCGGCAGAAUCCACAGGCAAGGAGGUCGCAUUGUUCACUCACGAUCCCCGUCUGUCAGUCCCUCCGUGAGUCCAAGGCCCAGCUACCGCCGAAAGAAGAACCACAGGGACACUUCAGAACACGAGGAGACACCCGCUCGACAGUCUGGACACAACACUGCUGGAGCAGAGCUACUCUCUCCUACAACUACCCCUCACCAAGACGCACAAGAAGAUGAUGGAAACCUCAUCACUGAGAAAAAUUUAAGGCAAAGAAUGGCUGCAUCUGAAAAAAGGCUGACUGGAACUGAUGCCACUUUUCUGAGUUCCGAUUCUUCAUCACAGAAAUUUCCUGGGUCAUCUAUGAGAUCUUCUGGACCACUUAGCCCCACAUCUUUGGAAGAAAGCCGGAGAGACUCUGACAGGACUUCAAAGUCCGCCGCUGACAGCUCAGUGUCCUUCUCAUCUCUGGACACUGUCAUAUCUCCCUUUGGAGAA